AUGAAUGUCCCCAUUAACCCUAAUGAGAUUCUGGAGGUCACUCCUUUACAGAUGGUGACUCCAUACGAUCUUGUGGCAAAAAGGCCCAGGACUUCGCAUGCACGAAGAACCAAAGAAACAACAAGGAGACCUAAAAAGCCCAAUUCUGAUCAGACUUCUCAAUCGUCUGUGCCUCCCUCUAAGGAAGAACUAACUAAAGAAGGCUCUAGGUAUGAUCACAACGCCAUUUCUAAAAUUGUUACCCAUAUCCUAAAUGAGAAUAAUGUUACAUCUAGGAUUUCUGUCCCUUUAAACUCUGUGCUUCCUGAGUCAAAUGACAUUGCGCAUGUUAGUGACAAUGCUGGCAACUAUGUCCAAGCAAAUAAUGAUAGGAAUGCAAAUGUUAAUGAAGAAAAUGAUGAUGUGAAUAUGGAUGUGCAUCUGGAUGACAAUAAAAGGAAUGAUGGUGUAAAAGAUACUGUUGGUAAGGACGAUGUUAUUGUUAAUAAUGAUCACACUGAGGUUCCUGGUGGUGCUGUGUACAAUGAAGAGGUACCUAGUAAUGUUUCUGCUGAUAAGUGUGUGAACCACACUAAAGAUGGUCAAACUGAAGAAAAAGAACCUGAGAAGACUCAGGCCAAUAAAGUAAUCAACCUUGAUGAUCUCUCUGAUGAUGACCGGGUUGCUUCUAUCAAUCCAAGCAUAGCCAAAAGGCUAACGAGAAGGAAAGGAAAGCAAGUUGUAGUUGAAGACUCUCAGAAGAAAAAGGUUGUGGUUAAGCCAACUUCUGUUGGACCUAAAAAACCAUGGAGCAAAGUGGUGCCUAAGAAGAGAAAGGCUAGAAUCAUUGCUGAGAAUGAGUCAGAUUCUGAUGUUGCUGUGGAUGUCAAUGACAUUCAUCCCAAUAAGAAAGUCUCUACUAGCAAGCUUGCUACUAGUGUCCCUAAAGUACCUAUUGAUAAUAUUUCCUUUCACUAUCCAUCCAGUGUACUCAGAUGGAAAUUUGUCUAUCAGAAAAGACUGGCCUUAGAGAGAGAGCUUGCUCAAAAUGCUCUUGAGUAUGAAGAGAUUAUGAAUCUUAUUCAUGAAGCUGGACUGAUGAAAACUGCGACUCAAUUCUCUAAGUAUUAUGAAGUCCUUGUGAAGGAGUUCAUUGUGAACUUACAUGAAGACUGUGGCAAUAAGAAAACUAAGGAGUAUUUGAAAGUUUUUGUUAGGGGAAAAUGUGUUAAUUUCUCCCCCACUGUGAUUAACAAAUUUCUGGAAAGAUCCAAUGAAGCUCGGCCAGAGCUGGAAGUAUCUGAUAAUCAAGUGUGCAAAGUAAUUACUGCUGGACAAGUGAAGACAUGGCCUGUCAAAGGGAAGCUGAAUGCUAGCAAACUAAGUGUGAAGUAUGCUAUACUUCACAGGAUUGGAGCUGCCUACUGGGUGCCAACUCAACACAAGUCUACAAUUUUUGUUAUCCUAGGUAAAUUCAUCUUUGCUAUUGGUACUAAGACCAAAGUUGAUUAUGGAACUUAUAUUUUUGAGCAAACUUUAAAGCAUGCUGGUAGCUAUAGUGUUAAAGGCCCCAUUUCCUUCCCUUCUCUUAUUUGUGGAAUCAUCUUAAAUCAAUUUCCUAAUAUUCUGAAUGACAAAGAUUGUGUGUGCAAAAGAGCAAGUCCGUUACUCUUUCAUCAUAAGCUUUUUCAAGGAACACAUGUUCCUGAUGUUGUCACAACAUCAGCUGGACCAUCCAAACAUAGCACAACUACAAAUAAAGCUGCUAUGAUUGCCAUACUCAGAGAAACAUGUAAGGAGCUAGAGUCCAGAAAAUUGGCUUUUGAGAAAUUGAUCAGCUCCCUUGAAACAGAUGAAGGAGCUGAGUCUGCAGAUACUGAUGUGGAUGAACAGGGUGCAGAUAAUGAUGAAUCGGACAGCGAAAUUAAGAAAGUAGCCAGUCCUGAUGAUGGCACAGAUGAGGAUGUUGGACUCAGCAGCUCUGAGUCUGAAGACUGA